GGGAUAACUUCCGGUUAACAUUGUCAACAUGGAAGUCGUUUAUGUUAUCAAAAACCCAGCCAAGGUGUCUUCUGAGUUAUACGACUGGUGUCCAGACGAUCAAAUUUGUUGCAGUUUAUCUUGUAAAAAUAUUUUAGCCUUCAGUUCAGCAUCUGACGACAGAGAUGAAUGUGAGCCUGUCAGUGCUACACAAGUACAAGUAUUAGAUUUAGACAAACCAUGGAUGGUAUAUAAAGUUGCAACGUUCCCCAGUCAGGUUGUCAAUUUGGUUUGGGAUCGAAAUGGAACCCAUCUGUUGAUUGCCACUAGUGAAGGACAGUUGGACAUUUGGCAAAUAAAGGAUCAUAUGUUAAACAAAUGGAGCUGUCUUGGGGAGGUGCAGUUGUCUGGCGAGGACAUUCUUUCUCUGGCAUGGUUACAUAAUGGUGUUUUGGUAUCCGUUGGACUGAUCCAAAAUACAGAACCUAGGAUACGUUCUUAUGUAGAAAGUCUGUCUCCUGCACACUUACGGGCAUCUCUAGCCGACAUUGCCUACAAUGCCAAUGGAGACUUGAUGAUAGCUACCACCGAUGGUAUGCCGUCUUCUGCCAUUCAAUGUUUUCUUGUGUCUUUGUCCAUGGAGCAGACCAGCUGCGUCAUCACGAGUCGUGCCAGUGCUAGUCUGUACGUGAAGUGUCACACAGAAGCCAGUGGAGGGGUUGGUGUCGUUGGCCGGCCGACUGGCCCAACAGCUGCUACCGGUGUUGACCAACAGAACUUCUGUGUCACACACGUUCAGUUUGUGAACAAGGACUAUAGUGAUACACUUGUGAUCUGUGUUGGUGGUCAGAACUUCAGCUGGAUCGAUUUCUGGCAGUUAGUGGAACAAACACAUUCCUUGCACAGGAUGUUCCAUACGAAUAGUAAACCGAACACUGUCUAUAAAACCCCGAAAUGGAUGCAUAAAGCUACGGUUACACACAACACCAUGGUGACGGCUAUAGCUGGGCCUAAACUACCAACGAUGCCUUGUGGUAUGGAAACAAGUGGCUUCACGCCUUACAUUGCAGUUGCCUACAGAAAUGGUAUUAUUAAGUUGAUUCACCGCUACAGUUUCCAGGUAAUUUAUAACUGUUGUGUGGACCAAUUUCGGGAACUCAGUAUCCCUGAAAAGCGCAAUCUCAAUCACAACCAACCUUCCCAUCUGUCAGUGUUAUUACAGACACACAGCAGUUGUGGGAUGAUUGGUGUCAAAGACAACAACAUCUACUUGUUCCGCUCUGUCAAUGCUAACGACACUGGUGUCCAGAUGUCACCCACCUAUAUAGUGCUCCUACUUGAGUACGCUGCAACGACAGGCUGGGACUGGUGGGAUAUUCUCUUAGCCACCAAACAGAGUAUGAUAGAGGACAUUUGUCAAAAGCUGAACGACAACUUCCAGAAGCAGCCAACAGCAGUUCAAGAAUUGAUGUGUUCUCGUCUUUUGGCCAUCAAAAUGGCUUUGUACAAAAGCAGUGCCAACAGCUACCAUCUUGCAGCUGACUGUCAGGCUAAACUCCUCCUCUACACUAUUGCAACUGUCUUCAAAGGAAUCCUGCGUCCACGGCAAAUAUCUUCCCAAGAUAAUAAUCCUGCUGAGAAACUAUCAAUGCUUUGUAACAAAAGCAGUGAAUCAGAAUUAUUGAUUCUGCUGACAAAUUUAGAAUUCAGUGAUUUCCUUGUUGAUGCUGCCUCUUUACAGUCCUUCCAGCCUUUAAUUCAGUGGAUUGCUGAUUUUACUCUCCAUCUUCUGGGUUCCAUACCUUUGCAACAGUCAUAUUCGGACAUACCUGGUUCUCUACUCAUUCGGGACAGUUCUGUUCUAAGCGUGCUGCGAGAACUCUUUGUCAUCAUACGCCUGUGGGGCCACAUCAAUCCGAAUUGCCUUCCAUUUUUCACUAUGAACUCUUCGAUUGAGUGCAUGUCCCAUCUAUUCAAACUGUUAACGAAAGCCUGGCUGUGCGUAAAGGAAGGUGGUAGUGUCGAAUAUGAGGAGGGUCUUGUUAGUGAUUGCUGUCACCUCACCAGUGAAGUGAUGAUCAGAAAUACACGUCAGACGUUCAGUCAAGACACGCUAGGUUACGCGAUAUUCCACCAGUCAACACCGCAGACGUUUCAGAUCGGCGUCGAACCCAACUACGUGUAUAGCUGUAAACAAAAACAGCAGUUUAUGACUAUACCAGACAUUACGACGGAGAGCAAGCAGAUGUAUGAUAUAGUUCGUCAGAUCAACCUUGGUGAAAAACCAGCAGAGCCGGUCCGCGAAUGUAGUCGAUGCGGCGCAGUAUCGUUAGUACAAAGCAUUUCAUCGGCGACGUCGAUGAAAGCCUGGGAGAAACGGUGGGCUUCGGCUUGUCUUUGUGGAGGACAAUGGAAAUGGACUAUCACUUAACUAGACCGUCUUUCAUAUACAACACUAUUACCUGGGAACAAUCUAGAUGUCGUCAUUACCAUUUUGUAUAAAUUUCAUUCCCUUCAACAUGUCAUGUCCCCUAAAAUACUCUCGAGACAUCAUCAUAUCAGUUUGCAGCCAUUCCUUCUUCAAAUCCUUUUGGUUGGGGUGUAUGGUUACGCCCAUACAUUUAGCAACCUGAUCCCAAUAACCAGUGAAGAUUCUGAUGUUGGGAGGGAGUCUGAGGCUUGAAAAAAAAAAAUGAAAUUGAGGUUCUUAGGAAACUUUAUAAUUUAUUUAUUUUUGACAUUGAAGAAAAAAAAAAGUAAGGAAAAAAUUAAACGUCAUUCAAUAUUUUCUGAUAUCAAAUAAAAAUCUCAUUAAAU